ACGGCGUUUCUGCACAAGGCAGCCUAGGAUCGACGCACCACGAUAGUCGUAAUAAUUUCGGAUAUUUCGUGCCCCGUAUUCACGCCAUUAUGGAUUCAUUAGCGAAUUACGCCAGUGAUGGGGAUAAUAGUAAUAAUUCGGAAGAUCCCAAGAUGUCGUAUGAAAUACAUGGUGAUGCCAGUGAAAGAGCCAGCGAUGCCAAUUAUGACCCAGUACAAAUGGACAUGAGUGAGGAAAGCAAUAACAACAAUUCGUCCAGAGAAUCCAGUAGCGAACGUGCAAAUAGCCCAGUAACACAGUCAAGGACAGAUGCAUCCCGACCAUUACCUUCCCCCUCAGACCAGAGGCGAUCUGAUCAUGAAAAUCAUACAGCAAGUUCCAAAGACGACCACAAACGCGGAGCUCGGUCUGAUCGUAACAGACAUAUGAGCGAUAAAGGACGGCGAUCUUCCUACGAUGAUAGAAGGCAACGAGAGAGUAGUCACAGAGAGAGUAGAGAUACAAAGAGAAGUCGAGACGAUGAUAAGAAGAAAGACAAGAGUUCAUUGGGGUGCAGUCGUGACGAGAAGAGCGAUGACAGAGAAAAGAAUGAUAAAGAUCAUCACUACCGUGAUGAUAGAAGGGAUCGUAAUCGGGACAGAAACGAUAGAGAUAGACGCAGAGACAGGGACAGGGAUCGCGAGCGCAGGCAUUCUAGGGACGACAGGUCGAAAGAUAGACAUCGUGAUGAUAAUAGAUCUAAUUAUCACAAGGAGAAGGAUCGUACACGUUCAAGGUCAAGAUCUAGAGACCGUGCACCGCCACCAUUUCGUACGAUGAGUUACAGAGAGGAAAAGAGCAGGAACAAAUUGGCUCAAUUAGAAAAGUUGGGAAUUGAAUUGAAAGCACCAGAAGGGGAUACCCCGACACUUGGUGUUCAGAACGAACAAAAUUACUAUAAUCCUUUGGCAACGGCGACACAAGGAAAGUACGCUGAACAGAUACAGAAGAGAAAACUCUUAUGGGCGAAUAAGUCUAAACAGGAUGAAGGAAAAACAUCGUCCACAACAGCUUCAACUGCAAACACGUGGGUCGGUACAACAUUCACUCAUGACCAGGAUGGAAAAGUAUCUGCGAAGUUCAAACGGUUAAUGGGUAUUAAGGAUGAUUUACCAACCGCUACGACGGCAGGUGCUAAGCCAGAUAUAUUAAAGAAACAAGAGGAAAUGUUUAACAAUAUGGAACAACAGUAUGAAGUAGCACGUGCUACCACCCACACGCAACGUGGCGUUGGGCUCGGUUAUGCCACUGGUGGCUAUCAAUUUCCACGAUAAAGUACAAUGAAACUUUUCGUAUAUUUGGUUAUUAUUAACAACGCCUAC